AUGGACGCAUCCAUCGCGGUGGCACACGCCGCCCUCCAGCCCCUUCUCGCCCCCGUACACCCCCUCUACUUCCCCUUCCCGCUCAUAGAUCUAUACGGCGCCAUGCGGCUGUCCAGCGUCGUCAACUGGAUAGCCAGUGGUGCCUUCGAGCCCCCUGCUUUCCCGUCCAAGGGUGCAAAGGGAAAGAAAGGGAAAGGGCAGGUGGCGAAGAGGGCGAGGCCGAGUGCACUGCAGGAGGUUGCGGGGAUCAUGGUUGUCGUCUUUGGCGGAGAGACGUUUCUUGCCAUGUCUACCAAUACAAGUCCCUCAUGGCUGGUGAACCCCAGCUAUGCCCUUCUCUUUGGUCUCACCCAUCUCUUGCAAACCCGGACACCAUUCAUCCAUCUUCUCCCUAGCAAGCCCUCCUUCCUCUCGGAGAUCCUCCUCGCUACGCCAGAUGCCAUCGGAAGAACGCUCCUCCUCACCCGCUUCUCCGUCCUCCCCCUCCUCGCAUCUACCUCUCCCAAAGCCCUUCCGCCCACCCCCGCCUCCCUCCUGCUCGUCCCCUUCAUCCUCGCCGUCCCCUUCGCCUCCCUCAUCUUCUCCGCCACCUCCUUCUUCACCCCCACACCCCACCUCUCCACCCCAGACGAGCUCAAACCAUGGGGCUGGCUCAUGGUCGACGCCUGGGCGCCGGUGGUCGUGCCUGCAGUGUUUUUGAGCUUGAUUGGGCCCGUGCAGGGGUGGGAGUUUGGGCUGAGGUGGGCAGAGUAUGAGGCGGUGGUGGUUUGUAUGGUGGGGCUUAGUGUGGUGUUUGCGUUGCGGGCAGUGUACAACUUUGGGGGUGGAAAGGAGGUCUGGGGGCAGUUGGUAGAGGAAGAAAAGGUCAAGGUGGACUGA